AUGGCGUUCGCUUCCGCCGCUUCUAUUGCGCUGGCGCCCGCCGCCACGGUCGCCUGCGUUUCGGCCAAGAACUCAGCACGAGCAGCUCCAACUGCACCUCUGGCAGUUCCGCUUUCCACAUCCUUCCGCGGGCUCCAGGUCUCUUCGACGAAGAAAUCCGCUCGGGUUACCCUUCAGCCGCUUCGCAGCAGCGUUCGAGCCAACGUGGUGACUGAGCCGGCCACCAAGAUCAACUUCCCAGUCAUCCUAGCGCCUCCUGGGGGCUCCAAAGACCUCUCCCUGCUGGGAACCGGGGUGCGGGAGAAGAAGCUGGGGCCGCUGGCAGUGAAGGUGUAUGGAGUGGGCGUGUAUGCUGAGCCGCAGCUGCUGGAUGUGCUGGCGGGCUGGAAGGGCAAGCCUGCAGACAAAGCCUUCUAUGAUGCCAUCGCCUCCACGCCGUGUGAGAAGUCCAUUGUCAUCGUGUUGGCACGCAACGUGGGGUCAGACCAGUUCUGGAACGCCCUCACAGAGGAGCUCGCCCCGCGCCUCACAGCGGCUGGCGAGGGCCUGGGUGACUUGGACGCAUUUGGGCAGCUCUUUAAGGACAGGUCACUUAAGAAGAACACAGGGGUAUACAUCACCUGGCGCCAGCCGUCUACACUGCAGGUGGCAUUUGCUGACGAUGUGACUGCUGGAGGAGCUCCCUCUGCAGCUUCUGCCACUUUUGAGUCACCUGGACUUCUUGCCGCCCUCUUUGACAUCUAUCUGGGCGGGGAGCCUGUGUCACCAUCUUUGGUGCAGAGCAUUGCUGCAAAUGCACAGUAA